UUCCACUAAAAAAAAGGUCCUCCCUCCCGAUCCUGGCUGGCACCUCCGGUUACCGGCCGCGCCGCGCCUCCGCCCACCGCCGCCCGCCCCACAGCUGAAAUGGCUCGAGCGCUGCUCCUGCGAGUAGCCCGCUACCCGCCCCUCCCGGCCUCAUCCGCGCUCCCCCAGCCGCGGCUCCUGCCGCUCCGCCGACACGCGCCCUCCCCGCUCCGCUUCGGCCCCUUCGCGCUCCCCCCCUCCUCGUCCGCGUCCACCAGCUCGGAUGCUCCCAGCGACGGCGGGGGCGGCCGCACGGGGGGAGAGGAUGGGGCGGGGACCGGCGCCCGCGUCGACUACUUGGGGAUGAGCGACGAGGAGCUCAUGGAGCAGUGCGAGAUGGGCACGUUCAAGGCGUCCGGCCCCGGCGGCCAGCACCGCAACAAGCGCGAGUCCGCCGUCCGCCUCAAACACCGCCCCACCGGCAUCAUCGCCCAGGCUGUGGAGGAUCGGUCACAACAUAUGAACCGGGCAUCAGCUUUGUCUCGGCUUCGAACCCUCAUUGCUCUUAAAGUUAGGAGGCCGAUAAACCUUGAGGACUACACUCCACCUGUUGAGCUUCUUCAGAUAUUGCCCCUGAAGUCCACCGUUCGAGGAAAAGACGUUGGCCCACAAAUUGGUCCAAAUAACUCAAAAUUUUCUCCGGGAAUGCAAGCUCUAUUAGAUCUGCUGUUUGCUGUUGAAGGUUCUGUUUCAGAUGCAGCAAAGAUUUUAGGCCUAAGCACUGGUGCUUUGUCAAGAUUGAUCCUGUCAGAUGAUUCUCUCCGAACAGCUGCAAAUGAACUGCGAGCUUCGAAGGGACUGAAGCCUCUAAGAUGAAUUCUGUGUUAUUGUCACCUUCAAUUCAAACGCACCAUAGCCCAAGUGCCAGAUUGCAUAGAAGUCAGGAGCCAUGAUUCCAAGGGAAACCUUCGGGCCCUAUACUCAUUGUGUUGGUUCAAGGAAUAUUAAAUGUCAGUUAAGAUUAACCCAAACAUGGUCAAUAUGAAGCUUCUAUCUCUUCAGAAUGUCCUCGUUCUGUAUUACAUAUAUCCCAAUGUUCUCCAACGCCACUGUACUACCUUUUUGGAUGAAUCUCCAUGUUAACCACUAAGUCUUACUAGUUGACAGAAAAAGGUUGUUGAAAUGGAUGCACUGAAUUGCAUAUUGGAUCAGCUGUAACUACUGAUGGGUAUAUAAUGUCUUCUUUUUUUACA